CACAGCUGUGACAGGAUUAGCCACUCCUCCGUUAGCAUUAGCAUACUGAUGAGAGAGCUAACAACAGUGUCGCGAUUUCAAAACAUGGCAGGGGACAUCCGCGGAUUUGCGCUGGAAAAAGUCGAGUUUAUUUCAAGUCGUUUGAAGGAGCUACUGUCUUCCGGAGAAGGCUAUGUCCGAACACAUUUUGGGGUGGAUCUGGGUCUCAAAGCGGAGCAGUACCCUCCGUGGGUGAUCUUAUUCACGGCCGCCGCGGGGCUGCUGAUGCUGGCCGUGUCCUGUGCCGCUGUCUGCGGUGCUCUGCUUGGCGGGAAGAAGAGGCGAUUGGUGGCUACAACAUCACAGGGAAGCACGGAGCUUCACAAGGCCCCUCUGACCAAAAACAAUACCAAGUCAGAGGAGCUGAAGAGGAAAAACAAAAAGAAGCUGACAGAAAAGAAGAAUCCAUCCAAUGGGCAACCAGUGUCCAUAUCACAAGAAGAAUUUCAAGAAAAUGAGAAAUUGUCACUCAAGACUAACAUAGAAACGGUACCAACACAGGUGAAGAAAAACAAAAAGAAACCCAAGUCUGAUGCAAAACCAACCCAGCAAGUGUUUACAGCUGAAGGAAGGGAGCAGGAUGAUGGUGCAUGGGAGACCAAAGUGAGUAACCGAGAAAAGAGACAGCAGCGCAAAAAGGAGCGAGGUCCUGAUGACUCUGGAAGCCCAGGAGGUUGUGCGGUCCUUAGGGCUUCUGCAGAGGGACUGGGGGGCAAGACAACAAAGAAGAACAAAAACCAUGAUUCCCAGCUUUCAAAGUCCUCUGGAAAAGGGGAUUCAAGUGGAGCUGCUUCCACUUGGAGUGAAGAGGCUUUGAAUAUCAAUGCAGGAUGGACAGAUAUGUCUUUAAAAAUAUCCGGUAAAAUGGGGCCAAUGGAUGGGCCAAAGUGGAGUGCCAUUCCUGCAACCCAGCCCUGGACGCAGGAAACCCAAGCAUGGAGCGGGAUUGAGAGCAGAAUGAAAAAUGACCUUAACCCAGUGUCGUUCUCAAUGCUAGGACUAAGCACAGCAGAGUCAGCUGCCAAUUCAAUUGAGCAGUGGACAAAUCAAGUUCCAGAAGAUGAAUGGUCUGGAUUCAAUGGGAUGACGGCUGUGGACCCCUGCUCUGACUGGAAUGCCCCAGUUGAGCACUGGGGUAACUACGAAGAGCCACCUGCAGUGGAACCCCGAGCCUUCCCACUGAAGGAACAACAAGGCAUUAUCAAGAUGUCUGAUGAUGAGAAGGACAGUGAAGAUCCUUCUGAGGGUUCAUCCAAGUCGAAAAAGAGAAGAAGAAAGAAGAAAAAGACUGAAGAGGAGACUGCAUCUGUGUCCCGGAUGGUGAGCUCUGCUCUCAAACAACAAGAGCUUUCAAUGGAAGCUUCUCAUAAACCCAGUGUAUCACCUGUUCUGAAGAAGCCUGAGGAAACGGCAGAUCCUCUGAAGCCCACACAAAAGAAAAAGGUUCGAAAAGAAACAUGAACUGUUGCCACAGGUCAGAAACUGCUUAUGCAACUGAUUGUUUUACUUGCAAUAAUUACCAGGUUCUAAAACAUGAUCAAACAAUUUAACAAACCAAGCAGUGGAGCUUAACUGCUUGACUGAUUUUUGUCACGAAUGGUGGUCCUAUGGACUGAAGUCUUAAGAAAUUGCACUAUUUGCUACACUGUAAUGUUUCAGGAGAUGGUUGUACAUUAUAUCAUUACAUAUUACUUUGAAUUGGUUUGUCCCCAAAAGAACAAAACGGGUUUGAUUAUUGUGUAUUUAAUAUAAGUGAGGUUUUACUACACUUUGUGUUGCACCUAAUUUAUUUUUUUAUUCUGCUGCUGACCUCAUCAAGUGAGUGUAUAACUUUUUUCCAAAUUAGUUUAAAAAGCAGAUGUUUGCUUUGCAGGGAUUUGUAACUUUUAAUUACUUAAUUAGAUUAAAACCACAACAACUCGUUUUAAAUCAACUGAUUUAUUCCAUUGAGUGUUUUACUUAUUUUAAAACUGGCAGCUGUUGUCAGAGUGAUUUAAUAAUUUAUUUUAAUGAAAUAGUUGUGUAGAAAAUGCUUUGCUGCAUUUGUUUUUCUGAAAAACAAUAGUAGUAACUGAUAAGAGCCAGCAGGAGGCACUGUAGUGUUAAAUACUAUUAAAGCACUGCUAAAUGUCCCUUACCAGACUUUGAUCACUGUUAACCGAUUUUAUUUUCAAAAGCAGAAUGUCUAUUGUUGAUGUUAAUCCUUGUGAUGAUUUUAUUUUGUGUUUCUUCCAUUAUUGUACUAGAAAAAAGCCAUGCCAUGUACAGAUUUAAGGGCUUUUUCAAACACUUCUGUGACUGCACUGUGCAAAAAGCUGUAACACGUUCUUUUUGAUGUGGAUGAUCACAUGUUUGUACCUUUUUUGCUGAAUGUGAAAUGUGUACAUUUUUAAACGGACUUCCAAGAUUUUAAGAUAAAGGUUUUGGACUGAAAAGAAACAAAGACUGAAAGAGAGCAGCUUUACUUUAACAUUAAGAUGAUAAAACAAUGACACAUAUUCAGAGGAGUUGAUUCUGUUGCCUUAACAUGUACAGUCAUUUUGCAAGAUUUGAUGUCAGACUGAUUCUACUUGCAUGACUUUAAUAAUAGUCCUAGUGGAAAUGAAAUGAUCUGCUUUAAUUGUUUGGUCUACUUAUUGUAUAUAAUGUGCUUUUAUAGAGGGACAGAUUUUGUGGGCGUCUGGUUUAGCAGAUAGAUAUUACCACAGCUGUGUUGUUGGUAGGCCUUAGUGCAGUCAGCUUUUAAUCGACUGGUAUGUGAUCUCUGACCCUAGAUGUCCUUAGACCUGACAAGUUCUGUUUUUACUAAUGCUAAAUCAAACAUUGUAUUUAUAAAAUUGUUUUAGAAAAAAUGUUUUUGUCAAUGGCAUUUUUAUGUUUGUUUGGUAAAGAAAACAUUGGAAUAAAUUGUAAUGCUUGAUCU